CUCGAUUUCAUUUCGAAACGCGCACAAUAGUGACAAUGAGUGCUGCUAGGCUACGGGACGAGGAUCUGGGCGCCGCGCUGUCCCACGAGCUUCCAUCUCCAUUGCACCAGAGUGACAUUCACGCAAGCACGGCUGAUGACGAUGAUGACGCCAUGCAGGACAGCCGCGAGCCGGGACUGGAAAGCAGGCUCAGCGAGUCGUUCAAGCUGCUCGCCCGGCUGCUCUACCGCCAGCUCAGCCUGGGCUGCGGCUCUGGUGCCUGCCGCAAUCCAUACUGCGCCUCUGCUUUCGAAGGCCGACAUCGCUACCCACUCGACGUUGCAUCGCUCAUGACGCUCGAGCUCGCGUCGACAAUGGCAACCACGCACGGUCCAAACAUGCUGCUGCAUGCUUCGCCGAUUCUAUGCUUACUAAGGUCGGCAACAAUGACCAGCGAUGCCGAGGCCGUCGCUCUGACAACGCGUCACCUUGCGGACGACGUCGCCUUGCCAGAAGUCCCUCGCGACCAUGUCGGACUUGCAUCUCUACCCGAGGGCACGUCGCGAUCUGGCGUUUUCAAUCGUCCGCAAACCCAGCGCAACAGGAAGGAGAAGCCGCGUUCGGGCCCAGACACCUUGCUCGGGACGCUGUUCACCGCCACCUCCGCUUUCCGAUUUCUCUUUGGCUCGACAAUGCAUUCCGUCGUUCCUCCUGCAAGCCCUCCAAAUACGGCUACCUCCAAUCACGCGACUGAUUCUAUCGCUCACUCCUCGGUAGUGCGAGGUUUGCGAGACACCCAGCCCAUCAGCUCCUCUUCUAGGCCCAUCAGCUCCUCUUCUGGCAAUCACACUCCCUCUAGAAGCGCGCUGGGCGAGCCCGUACCAGCCACUGACGCGUCCGAUUCCGACCGACUCGAAUCACUUUCUUCGAUGGAAAAGCUCGUUUUCUUAGCUUCGGCUGUGACUGCUUGCUCCGACAAUCCGCCCCUCACUCAUGCCAGGCCAAGAGACCCUCUCGAAUCGUGGAAGAACUUGUCUGCCUUUAUUCAAGACAAGUCCUGGAAGGCUGCUCUCAGCUACUGGUUUGACUCCUUGUCCCACGUCAAUCUGCUCGAACGCCCGGCCAACAACCCGACCCGGAGCCGCGAUGUACGGCUGCAAAGUGCCGCCAUCUCCAUCAUCCAGUCGUUGCUAUCCUCGCCGGAGGCCUUCCUCUCCGUCAUCCCGCUGCCCCACGAGAUCGGACGCCCCCUCAUUCUCAAUCCAAUCAUUGAUCUCUACAAUGCGCUCAUCCAGAAACCGAGCAGCCACCCGCUGCGGUUUCAGUUUUGCACGUCGCUGGCCAGCAUGCUUGCCAAGCUCGAAGAAACGCACGCGGGCGACAACAUGGCGCUGAAUUCGCUGUUUGGAUCGGAAGCACUUCGCAAGUUGCGUGAGGCUUUUGAGCAUGCCAAUGAGAGCGACAUGACGGGCUACGACCUGGACGUGUUCAUCCACCAGGACUUUGCUCCAUUCGUUCCGUCGCCCAUCAAUUUGCCGCUCGCAUGGGUGUCCGGACUUGGCGCGCAGCGCACACCCAUUCUCGUUGCCUUGUUUUUGCUCUGUGGCUUUUUCGACGCAGACGAGGCGGGUAGCGAUGCGUUCAUGCGGCUCUUUUGUCGACUGUGUGCCACGCUCUCCCUCGAGCGCCGCGAGUUUGUGGUUGACUGGCUCUCCCGUCUUGACCUGAUCUCACACACUGCCUAUCUAAAUCCGCUAGGGAGACACUUGUCGAGGCUCCUCGUGGCCCGCGCACCAUUCUCUGCCGUGCGGCAGCUCAAUCACCCCGUUUUCGAAACGGCAGCCACCAUCCAAAUUGUGUACGAUGCGCUGGAAAAGCGAGCCCGCAACAAUGUCAUGUUAUCCCAGUCUCCACCACCCGACACCCUUGACAAUCAAGGUGGCCGACCCCCCGCGGCUGCGGCUGCGUUUGUUCUGUAUCAGGGCAACGAAAACUGGCGGACGGAGCAGAAAACGUUCGCCAACAUUGCUGUGGAGGUGAUGGUGGACAUUCGGCGGCAGCUUCUUCGCUGGCCUGUGAGCGCGACCUCUUUUUCUCGGCUGCCUCGGUACUUUCAAAGUGCGCUUCGCGUGAUGCAGGCCACACGCUCUCCGGGCGACUCGACGGAUGCCUUGCUCAACUAUCCGUGCUUGCUCAGCACUGUGUCCAAGGUUCGCCUUCUGCACUUUUGGUCGGCAACGCACAUGAGUGCAGCCUUCCACUCGGCCUUUUUCAACUCUGCCUGGCUUGCCAAUUUACAAAAGCACGUGUCAGAGUCCCUCCGUCGCAAGCUUGUCGGCGCGGUGGGUGCUUGCAACGGCAACACUUGCCUGCUCAUGGAGGUGCGUCGAGAGUUUCUCGUCCCCGAUGCCCUUCGGCAGCUCAAAGCGCGUGUGCACGAUCUGCAAAAGCCUCUAAAAGUGCGAUUUGUCAAGAGCGGCGAGGAUGGCGUGGACCUCGGCGGUGUUCAGAAAGACUUUCUGCAGGCACUGAUCGGUCAGCUCGCGUCUCCCGAGUUUGGGUUGUUUGUCACAAGCCCCGAAACGCGCCAGCUUCUCAUCCGCCCGGAAUCCAUCGACAACUUUUCCAGUCACAGCGACGUUGAGGCUGUUGAGCGCGCGCGAUCGUUUUUCAUCGCCUCAUCCUCCGACAAGCCGUCCGAAAGCGCGGCCGAGCCAGGACGAUCUGCUGCUCCUUCCGACUCGCCGGUUUUUGCUGGAGGUGGCAAUGCCGACGCUACCGCAGCCGCCGCCGCAUCUCCAUCUCCAGCCCAUUCUGCCGCUUCGUCUUCUGUUGCCUCCAUUUCUUACUCGACCUUUUCAGAAGAUGCAAAGCUCAAGCUGUACACGCUGUUUGGCGUGGCAUUGGGUCUGGCCUUGUACAAUGGAAUUGUGGUGAACGCACCCAUGCCAAUCUGGCUUUUCGGUCGCAUCUUGGAAGAGGCGCGCAUCGACGAGGUGCCCGACCAGCAUCGGAUUGAGCUCUUCAUGUCUGACAUCAAGAUCUCACACCCCGCGCUCAUCCAGGGCCUUCAGCAGCUGCUUGAAUUCGACGGCGAUGUUGAGAAUGUCUUUUGCCGCACCUUUGAGGUCUCGGCCACCGACCCUCAUGGGCGAGGCGUGACGCACGAGCUCAAACCUGGUGGCAGCGCCAUUCCCGUGACCAAGGACAACCGCAAGGAGUUUGUUGCCUUGUACGUGCACUACGUGAUGGUGUCAAGUAUCAACCGACAGUUGCAAGCCAUCGCGCAUGGAUUUUGGCUGGUGUGCGACACUCGUGCGUUAAACCUGUUCACCGCCAGCGAGCUUUCCUCUGUUCUUUGCGGAAGCGAUCUCGAAGGGUUGGAUUUCCGCGUGCUCGCUCGGGCAGCGGCCUACGAUGGCAUGCGGCCCGACCAACCGCUUGCCAUUGCGUUCUGGGACGUUGUUUUGAACGACUUUUCGGAUGAAGAGCGGCGCGCCUUGUUGCAAUUUGUCACUGGCAGCAACCGCAUUCCUCUGCAAGGACUCGCCGCCGUGACGUUUGUCCUUCAGCGCAACGGCAGUGAUUCCGAUCGCCUGCCGUCUGCCAUGACGUGCUUUGGACGUCUUCUCCUUCCCGAGUACUCGAGCAAGGCCAAGCUCGCCGAAAAGCUGCGGAUUGCAUUGAGUGCACAAGGGUUUGGUUUGGUGUAGUCUAAGCGAUUGUGGCCAAAUUUUGGGUUUUUGAGUCGACAACUCGAUCAAUGCUACUGUACUAGUGUACUGGAUGGACUGUAUAGCGUUUGAUCCGCCAGGAUGGCAAUACAAUGAAUCGCGAUUUGCUCAAUUCUUGCCUCCCAAUAUAAUUCAUUCAACACCGC